GGAAGUUGAAUUGAAGUUGAAUUGAAGUUGAAUUGAAGUUGAAUUGAAGUUGAAUUGAUGGAUCUGUGUGAAGGGAGAGAGAGAAUGUUCCCUCCAUCUGAUCCCCACACACGUUCUUCUGGAUGGAUCUCGUCUUCACACACAUGCAUCAGAGAAAACAUCACCUGGGCAACGUCAGGAUCUAGAAAUGUAAGGAACCGAGUAAACUGGACACCUGAGUUUGGACAGUGCCCUGAGUAUACAGGUCAUGAGAUGGAAAAACAGAGAGCUCUGAUGAAGACACAAAGGGAAAGAAGAGAAAAGGAGAUGAUGGUGCAGAGUGAGGAUUCAAGAAAUCACUGGCAACCCUCCACCACAAACUACAGACCAGAGAGGGAUGGAGAUAGUUCCAGAGCUAAGAGUUACGGAGAGCUGGAGGAAUGGGUGAAACGCUGGUGUUAUAAUCACUCUCUCCUCAGAAGGAGACGUCUGCAGGGAGAGAUGUGGAGUGAAAUCCAAAACACACUGAAAACUGAGAGAACAUCAGCUUCUACAAGCGGACCAUUCAGCACAGAACCCAGGCAGAGGUCCGGUGUCAAUAUCUUCAAAAACACCAGCUCUCACCAGCUUCCUCCUCCUUACACCUCUGUGAAACAUGAAACUUCAGGGAAAAUGUUAAAAGAGCAAGCCCAGAGGACAGGCCUGAGUUCUGUCUGGAACCAACCUCCAAACUACACACCACCUCCACCGUACACCUCUCCACCCGACACACACAAACUCACAGGAACACUGGAACCACACAGAGCUUCUCCUGGCCUCAGGACGGAGUACAGGUCAGGAGGUGGACCACAUAAUCGCAUACAAAUAGACCACUGCUCUGUCUCAUGCUCAGACAGAAGAUGGCAUUUACAAUGUUCAUCAGGUGAUAGAACACCAGGAACCCUGAGCUCUCCAGGUUCGGACAGAACACAACAUAAACAGGAACUUUGGUCCUCGGUUCAUCAGCAGGUCAACCAACAGGUUUUAACACCACAAUCAUCAGGACGUGAGGAGAAACAUCAGACAUCUUAUUCGGAUAUAACUCUAACUAAACCCAGGAGAAGAAAAAGAAGAAGUGAAGGAACAGUUUUCUGUCUAGUCUCUCAUAUGGGAAAGCUCUCAGGUUUGAAUGAUGAACCACGCAAAUGUCAAACAUUUCGUCUUUUAAAAAGUUCAACUUUUGCAGAAAAUCAGCCGGGAGAUGAGGCCGAUUCAGUAGGAACUCUCACCCGAGACACUACACUAAAAGAAGAACCCAGAGAGGAACAUCAUAACCAGACAGACCAAAAUGUGAGACUUCACAAACUCAUAGAGGAACUGAGAAACGAGCGAGAGGAACUGAGAAAGAGGAGUACUGAGAAAAGAUCCGCCAUUGGUCUAAAAACAAACAAACAUGAGGAUGCAGAUUCUAACAAGGAGAAGGAGCAUGCCACUCCAGCUGUGUCUUCUAAAUCCACAACACUGGUGGGACCACAUCACCAAACCAUUCCCCUGUGGAUGGAACCCAUAUGCUCUGAAAAUAAAACAAACAGAAGUAGAGAAGGUCGAUUUGAACAAUCAGAACCAAGAAAAAACACAAUGACCAAUGAGAACACGGGCCUUGUGGCCAUCAAUGCGACUUGUGUGGUCAUCAAAGUCGAGUUCCUUGAUCCUCCUGAAAAGGAACAUGUCCAGUACAUGAGUUCAUGUCCAACUGAUCCAUCUAAACAGAGAUGUGAUUCUAUCCAGAACGAAGAGACCACUGAACUGGCCACAGACAGAAGGUCAGAGGUCAAGAUCAUUAACCAAACAAACCACAUGUCCAGCAAAGUCCAAACUAAACAUGAGACGUUAAAGGAACGAGCAGAGAGAAUUCUGGGAAUUCAGGAUUCCUUUAAUGAAGCACACAUCACUCUGACGGAAAAUUCCAGAAUCCAACAGAUCCAUGAUGCUUCAGAAGAAACUGCUGAUCAUGAAUCAGAAAGUUUGUUAAAAGCAGAGUGUGAAAAUGUAGAAAUCCCCAAAACGUCCACUCCAAAUGAGGAAGCAGCUCUAAGCUCCAUGUCAGAAGCUGAAGCCAUGCUGGAAAGUUCCGAGGUGACUCACAGAGAUGAUGAGAACGUUCGUACCGGACAUGAGGUCAUGGCAUUGAGCACGAAGCAGGACACUGAACUGAAGUCAGGAGACAGGAAGUUCAUACUGGAUGAAAAAAUCCCAAGUGUGAUUGACAUCAAGGGGAAACAGGUGAAGGCCAGCGCUGAGGGCAGUCCCUCAGGUGAGAAUCUCAACCAAAGCCUCCUGAGAAACAGCAGUGAGACCUUCAGCCAGAAAAGUAAGAGAGGAGAAGAUGACCUUGUGCAUGAAACAGACCAGAGACGGGAUCUCAACCAAGUGCUUCUUAUUGGAUCUUUGAAAAAUGCCAGUGAGACAUUCAGUCAAGAAGAUGAAGUCAACUCCUCAAAGUUUCAAAGAGGAGAUCAUGAUGAAGACAUUAGUCUUCUGGCUGAAAGAGAUGAAUCUGUCCUUCUGAACAGCUAUGAGCGAGAUACUGAUAAAGUGUUGGACCACGAACGUAAGCCCACAGAUGAGAACCCACCAAUCACCAUCCAUAACCUGCAAAGAACAAGUGAGAUGCUUGACCUGGAAGGAGAUCACCAUCAGGAGAACCUGUUAAAUUUACUGGAUCUCCAGAGCACAUCUGAGACACUUCAGCAAGAGAGCAGACCCGAGCAGAACCUCUCAUGUUCAGGAGAUCCUCAAGCUGGUUUUGGACAUCAUGUGGAAGACACAACCGAGACGCUUGCUCCUGAAGUUACUCCCGGAGAAGAACACCUCUCAGACAUCUGGCCAAACCUCCUCCAUAGCUCUGUGGUCAACAUCAGUGAGAAAGACAUCCUGAGAGAGGACAGACCUUCACAUACAAAACACGAUGCAAAUCAUAUUCACCAAACUCUCCCAGGUCACAGUAUGAAAAAUACGAGCGAGUCAUGUGACCUGGAGGAUGUUCUCGGGGAAGGGAACCUCUCCAGUGAUGAAGUUAAUCUAUUCUCCUCUAUUAGAGAUAUUAGAAAGUCAGAGCAAAGUUUUCUCCAUGAGGAUGGUGAGGAGAUGCUCAGCUCUGCUAGUUCACAAACAGACAUGCUUUUAGAUGAUCUACAGAAUCUGUUUGAUGUCUCUGUCACUUGUGAGUUAAUGGAGCAAGAAGGUAAUGAAACUAUAACAUCUCCAUCAUCUCCAUCAUCUGACCUUCAGGCACUAAGUACAGAGAAGUUAACUUCUAGUCUAUUAUCCCCGCUACAUGCAGAGAUAUCUCCUCAUCCUCCUGACCCCGUGUCCUCCACCCUCCUGUCUCCUCCUCCAACUGGUUCUUCUCUCUCCAGACCAUAUGACAGUUUAUCUGAGAUCUCUAGAGUUCAUGCCCAGGCUGGUUCUUCAGCUUUGUCCAUGGCAAAAAAUUCCAUCAGGGCGAGAGCGUGUCCUGGCUCGCUGUGGGACGCUGUGAGCCGCAUCCGCAGACACACUGCUCCCGAUUCCGAAACCGAGGAGGACGAGGGUGAAGUCUGGGAACCAGUGGAACCUGGAGAAGAUCAUUUGAGCAAAAACGCUGGGAUCAAAGAUGAGGAAUCUGACCCGGAGGAAACGUCACGAUGUGCUGGGGUUCAGCUACAGGACGUGAGGAGACAUGCAGCUGAAAUGAAAGAUGAAGCUGAUGAUUCCCUCUCAAGCAGCAGUGUGGACAGUCUGGACACAGUUAUUGAGGGUGAAAGCAGGAGGAACCUUCUGGAAACGGAUGAAGAAGACGAGAAGAUCCAGGAAUCUGAUUUAUUCAGUGAGAACGGAGAAUAAAACUCAGAUUAAUGUGAAAAAAGAUCACUAUAUCUGUAUAAUAUCACUUAUAUUACACUUUAUAGUGUGUGUGUGUGUGUGUGUGUGUGUGUGUCUGUGUGUGUGUGUGUCUGUGUG